AUGGUUUUUGAUUUACAACAAAUAGAAGAAUUUCUCAGUGUAUGCCCUGCGGUGCUAACCUAUAACCUAACAGUUAAACACGUAAUAACAGAACGCUAUAAGUAUAAAAGUGACCUUAGAAAAUACAAAAUAUCCCAUUCAGUGAGGCCUGAACAUAGAAAAUAUCAACAGUAUGAAUGUAUGGUCAACUUGUUGAGAAAAAUGGAUACGGUUCUCGCUGGCGUUGACGCGCCAUUAUCUUCGGAACCCGACGAUGAUUCCGAACAAGAUAUAUAUCAUAAUAUAUGGUUGCGGUGGUUGGAAGUGGGAUGUCACCGGCGUCGACAGUUGUGCACCAUGAUGAGACGGUGGACGUCAAUGCGGCCGAGGAAUUGGAAGUGA